GGCUUUCCUUCGACACGGGAUAUAUCAGAGCUAGAACAACGGAACUGAGAAGAUGAAAAGCUCUACUCUACCUACUGCAACUGGAAGACGAUUACUGAGACACAUACGAGCAGUCGAUUUGCCUUUCCGAAAUCAUGCAAAGAAACGACAUGUUUAUAUCUGGCAAUGUUGUCGCUGCGGAUACUCAUCGAUCCCCAUCUCAAGCGGCGGAUGCCCAGGCUGUGGUGAUGGAAGAUGCGCUUACUGUACCACUACGCGGGUUCAAGUGCGUCCCCAUACGCCACUCUUGAACUUUCCAUUCCGACAUCACCGAAAGAGGUAUCCGUAUGGAGCCCUCGGGAAUUGUCCAGCAGAAGAAACGGGUCAUGAUUCGCUGGAGUGUCAGGUUGUGUAACAGAUUUCGGGAACUAAAAAGAGGACUUGGCGCAGGCGGAAAUACUACACUCCCCGCGUACAUUCGGUCAGUAAUGGUUACUGACCGAAUAACUACCGGGAGUGUAGGGGUGUGGCUUACGCAGAACUGUAAUAGAGUGGUACAUAGAUUUCCUUCAAUACCUUCCUCAAGUUGAGGGCCGCGCAUAAUAUAUGAUGGUAUUUACAGCGCUGCUUAUCAAGGAGAAUUUGGAAACGAAGAACGGCCUUGGAAGGCUAAUGGCUUUAUCCG